UGGUUCUCAGCAGACGUGUGUUCUGUGCGAGUCGACGUAGAACGUGUGCAUUUAUAUCUGCACAGACAUACAUAUGUAUAUAGAAAAACUAUUUAUAUCUAACGAAUUGUAAAAAAAAAAAACAACCAACAAAUUUUGAAACAAUUUUAUUUCAAUGGCGUCGGCAUAUGAAAAACCAUCUGUUCCCAUGAGCGGAAUUGUGCAAACUGCUGAACAGCUCGAAAAUUCGGAUACAGAUCAAGAUAAUAUUCCAUAUCAUGCUCGUGAGAAUGCACUUCCAUUCACAUAUGGUAACGUCCCAGAAGGUUUUGAUACAAGCGUGUUAAACCAUGUUGACGGCAAUGUGUGCAUCGAUGCACUGGAAACAAAAAUGGUUGAGAACAAAAAUCCCGAGGCCCGUUCGUAUACAAUUCGAAAAACCGUUCGACCCAGCAUUUCUGCAUCGUGUCCAUUGCUACGAAAGACACCCUCCCGGCAAGAGUUCGAGCAUAUGCUGAUGGAACGUAAAGGGCAUGCGGUACACUCAGGCAGAGACCUUUCGAUAAAGUUAGCACACGAUGAAACAAUUCAGAAAGAUUUGGAGGAGCUUCAAAAAAGGUUAAACAAGCCCCAUCUUGAGAUCAAAGAAUUGAAAGAAUCACAGGUUGGGUCCAUGGAGCUAUCUGAUGCUGAAUCAUGUUCUACAAGCCAACAAAUGAAUCCACAAUCACAAUUGGUCGAAAAUAAACGUUCGAAGACGCCCACCUUUCCACUUGAUCAAAGACCAUUCAACUCUGAGCGCUGUGUCAGUCCAUAUCCAACACCCAAUAUACCGAGUACUCCAAUGGCUAACGAGAAUUCUGCAUCAGAGCAAGACAAUCGGAAUCUUCGGCAUGUCUAUGGUAUCGGCCUCACCAAAGAAGUUGAGCCGCGUUUAGUUAAAUUUGCAAAAGACUCCUCACAGUUUUGGUAUAAGCCCAACAUGAGUCGAGAAGAAGCGGUUGAUUUAUUACGCGAUGCAAUACCCGGAACAUUUCUUAUUCGCAACUCAACUACCUACCGAAAUGCAUUUGGCCUGGUCUUACGGGUGGCUAAGCCACCGUCCGGCAUGGUGACAGGACCAGAAUAUGGAGAUCAACUGGUCCGUCAUUUUCUAAUAGAGCCUACAACCCGUGGUGUUCGCCUGAUGGGAUGUACCAAUGAACCUAUAUUUACGUCUUUGUCUGCCUUUGUAUAUGAGCAUUCGAUUAACCAAAUGUCCUUAGCUUGCACUCUCAAAAUACCAGAUAGGGAUCUGCUGCUUAUCUCAAAUAACGAAGAACUCAUCUUAAAACAAAAACAAAUGCUUGCACAGGGUGCCGCGUGCAAUGUACUCUACUUGUUUCAGUGCGAUAUGGAAUCCUUAACCGGUGACGAUGCAGUUCGAAAGGCGGUGCUUGAAAUGAACUCAGAGCCUACGCGUGUAGUUCCCUUAGAGGUUCACUUUAAGGUAUCAGAACAGGGAAUUACCUUAACUGACAACACACGUACAAAGUUUUUCCGACGGCACUAUCCAUCGAAGAAUAUCUCGCACCUGUGUAUGGAUCCUAGUAAUCACUUUUGGAGUAUUCCAGCAGCUAACAAAGGAUUGGAGCAGUCAAUCAAUAAAUCAAUAUUUGCGUUUAUAGCACGACCCUUGACCGGCUCGAGAGACAACCAAUGUCACAUAUUUUGUGAUAUAUCCCCCAUGCAGCCAGCUUCCGCAAUAGUUUCAUUUGCCCACAAAGUUCUACCACUUGACAAUUCAAAUUGUAAAAUGCUUUGAAUUCUAAUAAUCUGUAUUCGGUUGCGUUCAGAUAUCUUGAUUUAAGAUCAGCAUCAACAGCCGAGCCAAUCAAGCUAUUCGUCUGUUAAUUUGCCCAAAGGCGAGUAUCUAUAGAAAGGCUCGAGAUAUUUUUAUCAAUUCAAAUAAAGUUAUAGCAAGAGAACAAA